CCUUCACUGUUUCCUGCUUCCUUCUCUGUUCUCACACUAACACACUCUCCUCCACACACUCACACAUCUUUUCAGAAGCUCUCUCAGCAUGGGGAACUUUGCAGCCAAUGAGGGACUCUCUAUCUUUGUCAUUCUGGUGUGGCUGGGGAUCAAUGCCUUCCUGUUUGUGCAUUUCUACAUGGCCUUCCUGGUGGAGAGAUGGUUUUACACCAGAGUCCUGCUGGGGCAUGCUCUGUCCUGGGCCAGAGCUCCCGCCGCCUGCCUCAACUUCAACUGUAUGCUCAUUCUGCUGCCAGUCUGCAGAAACCUGCUGUCCUUCCUCCGAGGCUCCAUCCAGUACUGCAGCCGCACCGCAGCUCGACAACUCGAUCGAAACAUCACUUUUCACAAACUGGUGGCAUACAUGAUCGCCUUUCAUACAGCCGUGCACAUCGUCGCACAUCUGUUUAACUUUGAGUAUUUCAUGGACGCCCAGCUGAAUCGAAACAGCAGCUUUCUACCUUACAUCCUGUCUGAAAUUGGCAACGGGGACAACGCCUCCUACUUGAACCCCAUUAGGACUAAUGAGACGAACCCUACCAUCGUCAUGUUCACCACCAUCGCCGGUCUGACGGGCGUCGCCAUCACGCUUGCCCUCAUCCUCAUCAUCACUUCGUCCAUGGAGGUCAUCCGCAGGUCGUACUUCGAGGUGUUCUGGUACACACAUCACCUCUUCAUCAUCUUCUUCAUCGGGCUGGUUUUCCACGGCUACGGGCGUAUCGUGCGAGGACAGACGCCUACUAGUCUGAACGCAAGCGACCCCAAGGCUUGUGCCGACCAGUUUGAAAACUGGGGAAACAACGGCUCCAACUGUGCCGUCCCGGUGUUCGCUGGAAACCCACCGAUGACGUGGAAGUGGGUGGUUGGGCCCAUGAUCCUCUACGUGUGUGAGCGCCUCGUCCGCCUCUAUCGAUCACAUCAGAAAGUGGUCAUCACAAAGGUGGUGAUGCACCCGUCUAAGACUCUGGAGCUGCAGAUGAAGAAGAAGGGUUUCCACAUGGAGGUGGGUCAGUACGUCUUCAUCCAGUGUCCGUCCGUCUCCAGGCUGGAGUGGCACCCGUUCACCCUGACCUCCGCCCCUGAGGAGGACUACUUCAGCGCCCACAUCCGAAUCGUCGGUGACUGGACCGAGGCGCUGUACCAAGCCUGCGGGGGGGACAAAAACGAGACUCAGGAGGCCUGGAAACUGCCCAAGAUGGCCAUUGACGGCCCGUUCGGCACAGCCAGUGAGGACGUGUUUCGCUACGAGGUUGUAAUGCUGGUCGGCGCAGGAAUCGGUGUGACUCCUUUCGCCUCCAUCCUCAAGUCUGUUUGGUACAAACGCAUCCAGAACAACCAGGAGGUCUUCACCAAGAAGAUCUACUUCUACUGGCUGUGCCCCGAGACGCAGGCCUUCGAGUGGUUUGCAGACCUGCUGCAGUCUCUGGAGGGUCAGAUGACGGAGAAGGACAUGGCCGACUUCCUCAGCUACAACAUCUACCUCACCCGCUGGAAGGAGGCCGAGGCGGCCCAUUUCCGAGUUCAACAUGAGGCGGAGAAAGAUCCAAUCACAGGACUCAAACAGAAGACUCAUUAUGGGAAACCAAACUGGGACAAUGAGUUCGCCAAUAUAGCAUCAAAGCACCCGGGAACUAAAGUGGGCGUGUUCCUGUGCGGCCCUGCGCUGGGGAAAUCUCUUGAAAAACAGUCUUUGUCUCACUCCGAGGCCAACGUCAAGUUCAUCUUCAACAAGGAGAACUUUUAAAAGAGACGUACAGAAAACUCUCCAAGUCAUGUACUGAGCACGACGAUGAUGCGUUCUCACUAACUUUUAGCGUUCUGAACAAAGAUUUACAUCUGUAACUUCUUCUCCUCUGUGUUGCUCACCGAAAAACGUUGUGCAAAGAAGCCGUUGUUGCUCAAAACGCGAGGAAAUAACCCCACUGUAUUUUCCACAUUCCCCUCUUCUCCUUUUCUGUUACAUCAAAAGCGAAACUGCUGCUUUCAAAACUUCCUAUUUUUGUUUGACUUCCUUUGCCGGGCGGAGGAGCGGCUUUAGAAACAUAUGGUUUAAAUUCCACAAAUGUAAAACAAGUAUUGCCGAUGUGCCCUCGAGCAAGGUGUUAUUAAAGCUUGGCCUGUUACAGAGGAGCUGCAGCAGCCGUACCUGCAAAGAGACAGAAUACAAAGAAAGAGCAGCAGCUUCUGGAACACCUGCACGCUUUGUUUUAGUGUAUAUAGUAGAAGUUUACUCCGGCCAUUUCAACACAAUGUGCUGCUCGUUUAAUCCUGCAUGAAGCAUCGGCAUAGACUAAUAUAUAUUCUCUGUUUGCUCUGGUUGUAAACAUUUCUGAAAAGGUGACUUGCCGUCUUGUUUUUAAUGAAUAUUUUGUUUUGUUUUUUAAAGCAGAUUUCUGUUUAAGACCACGCCCACUUUACAUGUCAUGACAUUUGAAGUCUGUCAACAAACCCCCUAAUGAUGAGGAAUGAAGUCCAUCCACUCCACUUUUCAGAAAAUGUGUGAUUUAUUUUUCUUUUAAGAUAUAUUUGGGGCCUUUAGUCGAACCCGCCAGGCUAUCCUGCACACCGACGAUUUCUUAUGUUGUUUUAAGAAACCUUUUUGAAAUGUCACGACACACCUCAAGUCAGGACAGCAGAUCGAACAAGCUGAAGUGUGAAACAGCGACUCAGAUCUUUAGAUUUAAGAUCUCAUGAAGAUUUCAGGAGAAAAGAUAAAUGUAGAAACAGUCGAUGUAUCAGAGACACUGAUGACUUUAUCCCUGCUGCCUGUUUGAAUCCAUUCAGUCUUAUUUUGAAAGUUGGGUUGUUUACUUCUUCUGGAUAAUAAAUUUGAAAUUACAGAGAAA